GCGGCGUCUUAAGCUCCGUGACGCGCGCUCGCGCAUCUCCGCUAGGUCGACGCCGCGUGUCCUGCGGGAUUGCGAGCCCCGCCAGGAGUGCUUGGUGUCUCGGAAACUGAAGUGAACUGUCCCUGGGUCUCAGCUUGCAGUUCUGUGUUCUGGUCUGAAGUGUGGCGAGGAAGGCCUGCGGGUCCCUGGUGCCUACUUGAAGGACAGGAUGCUCUCCAAACUAGCUCAUCUGCAGACUGUGGCUGUGCUUCGCCGAGGAUUUCAUUCUUCAGUGGCGUCUGCUACGUCUGUUGCUACUAAAAAAACAGUCCAAGGCCCUCUGUCCUCUGAUUACAUUUUUGAACGUGAAUCUAAGUAUGGCGCCCACAACUACCACCCUCUUCCUGUUGCUCUGGAAAGAGGAAAAGGUGUUUACGUGUGGGAUGUGGAAGGCAGGAAAUAUUUCGACUUCCUGAGCGCUUACAGUGCUGUCAACCAGGGACACUGUCACCCGAAGAUCGUGAGCGCUCUGAAAAGCCAGGCAGACAAGCUGACCCUGACGUCGCGGGCUUUCUACAACGACGUGCUGGGCGAGUACGAGGAGCACGUGACCAAGCUCUUCAGCUACCAGAAAGUUCUCCCGAUGAACACAGGAGUGGAGGCCGGGGAGACCGCCUGCAAGCUGGCGCGCCGCUGGGGCUACGCCGUGAAGGGCAUCCAGAAGUACAGAGCCAAGAUCGUCUUUGCAGCUGGAAACUUCUGGGGUAGAACGAUGUCCGCCAUCUCCAGUUCCACAGACCCGUCCAGUUACGAUGGCUUUGGACCGUUCAUGCCGGGUUUCGAGAUCAUCCCAUACAAUGACCUGCCUGCCCUUGAGCGUGUUCUUCAGGAUCCCAACGUCGCGGCCUUCAUGGUAGAGCCAAUCCAAGGCGAAGCGGGCGUUAUUGUUCCUGACCCCGGCUACCUGAUGGGCGUGCGCGAGCUCUGCACCCGGCACCAGGUCCUGUUUAUCGCUGAUGAAGUCCAGACAGGCUUGGCCAGGACCGGUAGGUGGCUGGCUGUGGAUCAUGAAAACGUCAGGCCCGACAUCGUUCUCCUCGGAAAGGCACUUUCUGGAGGCCUGUACCCCGUGUCCGCAGUGCUGUGUGACGACGAGGUGAUGCUGACCAUCAAGCCCGGGGAGCACGGCUCGACGUACGGCGGCAAUCCCCUCGGCUGCCGGGUGGCCAUCGCUGCCCUAGAGGUUUUGGAAGAGGAGAACCUGUGUGAAAACGCGGACAAGAUGGGCGUCAUCUUGCGAAAUGAACUGAUGAAGCUGCCUUCCGACAUCGUGACCGCGGUGCGAGGGAAAGGGCUGCUGAACGCCAUCGUCAUCAGACAGACCAAAGAUUAUGAUGCUUGGAAGGUGUGCCUGCGUCUCCGGGACAACGGACUUCUGGCCAAGCCCACCCACGGCGACAUCAUAAGGCUCGCGCCUCCGCUGGUGAUCAAGGAGGACGAGAUCCGGGAGUCCGUGGAGAUCAUCAACAAGACCAUCUUGUCUUUCUGAGCGCCUGGCUGCAGCCGGGCACCCAGUGCCACCCGGAGGCCGGCAGGUCUGGCGAGCCCUCCGCGCCGCCCUCGGGGCUCCCCCGCCGUGGUGUCUCAGACCUCUUUUUACUGCAUCUGUAUUUUCAGCUCCCACCUUAGAGCGGCGUUUAGAAACGCAGUUGAGUGCCCAGGGCCGCCGGGCUCCUGCGGGCUGCUUCCGAGGUGGGGCUUCCGCCCUGCAGUCAGCCUCCAGCCAGUGUAAUUUAUGUGUUUUUACAAUUUCCUUGCUGGUACAAAUACUCCGUUUUUGAAAAGGUUAUACGGGGUGUUACGUAGUAGACUUGCUAACCUUCUAAAGCUGAAUCAUGAGAGUUGACGUUUAGUAGGGCUUAAUCCUAAUCUUACAUAAACGCCAGAUUCAAGCAAACUUUAUAUGGACCGGCUCCCCGGCCUAUUCUGUGAAUGGCAUCAUUUUGAAUAAGCUAAGGUUUAAACUCCCCAAAUCGUGUUUUAGGCAUUUGAUAUAAUUUGUAAAAAAUAUUCCUUUCCAGUGUUUCUUUAAAUUCAAAAUAAAGCAUAUUUGAAGUGUUU